GGUACCCACCACCCCGCUUCAGCUCCUUGUUAUUCAAGUGCGGAUUAUUCCGUCAAUCAUAGCUUGCUUUCAGAUACCAUUUCACAUAAAGCUACCGCUGAAUCUGUAUAUAUAAAACAGUUAUUCUCCUCGUUGUUUGGUAACCAGUUCUUCUCAUUAUUCGGUAACCAGUCAUAAAAUCCCGAUAGACAUAUCCAAAACCACCAAGAUGUUAGCAUUCAGGGCUAUUUUCAUAGCCGAGUUAAUCUCGAGCUACUUUAUUCCGUCAGCUUUCGCGGCGGCUAUAUCAAAUGCGGCAUCCAUAGCACCGGUACUCGAGAGUAGAUCUACCGCCCAAACAGAGCCUGCCAGUGGUGACUAUAUCAUAUCGCAGUCUCCCAUUUCGGGAAAAACCGUCUACUCAACCUUCAGCGCAGCCAUUGCCGCCAUUGACAAAGUAUCAAGCUCAAAAACCGUAACCGUAUUCGUUUACCCCGGCACCUACAAAGAGCAGCUCACCUUCAACCGUUCCGGCACCACCAUCUUCCGCGGGUACACCGAGGACACCUCCUCUUACACGCACAACCAAGUCACCAUCCAAAACAGCCAUGGCGUCGACACCCAAUCCGGCGAGAGCGACGUCGACUCCGCGACCCUGUACUCCCGGGCCACCGACAUCCAGCUCUACAACAUCAACCUAAAGAACACCUUCGGACAGACCCGCAACUACGCAUCCCUCGGCUUCGCCAUCGACGGCAACGGCCUCGCCGCCUUCUACGGAUGCCAGAUCACCGGAAACCAGGACACGUUCUACGUCAACGCCGGGUCCAGCGUGUUCGCGUACAACACGCUGGUCGAGGGGUCCAUCGAUUUCAUCUGGGGCUCCGGGUCGGCUUAUUUCCUCAACUCUACGAUCGUACCCAAUACCAAGGGCGGGUACAUCUCGGCGAUGAAGCGAGCGUCGGCCAGCACCACCGGCGGUCUCGUCUUUGACCAAUCUUACAUUAUAGCGUCGAGUAGUGUGUCAUCUGGAUCCGUGUACCUAGGCCGUCCGUGGAACCAGUACGCCAAGGUCGCGUAUAUUAAGUCGUACCUGGAUGCCUCGAUUGCGUCGGCGGGGUGGUCCGUCUGGUCGACUUCCGACACGCGGACUAGUGGGGUUGUGUUUGGCGAGUAUCAGAACUAUGGCUCUGGGGCUGCUACUACAGGCCGCGCUUCCUUCUCGACGCAGCUUUCUAGUACGAGUGUCGCGCAGUUCCAACUUUCUAAAUUUUUCUCUUCGACGUCGUGGAUUGAUAUGACGAGCGUUAAAACUACCCCGUUUAGCGUUUAGUUCACAGUGAUAUAUUGUGAUCUGGAUACUUUAUUUAUUGUUAUACUUCUUAGUACCUAUAGUUAUUCUUGUCUAUAAGUAGCUCUUCUUGUAUUUAGUUCUAUAGUUCUAUGCCUAAGGUUUACCUUAGGAUGUUGUGUUGAAUGCGAAUAAAAAUUUCCUAUCUGGGAGACAUGCCUUGC